GCAGGAGUCGUACGGCCCAAGAUGACCAGGAUCUCUUUGAAAAUGGUGGUGGAUACGGUUUCAUUAACUGGUUCUCGAAUUUGGCACAAAAUGACAUUGAAAUGAAUCCGGACUUGAGAAAAAUUGCCAAGGGCUUUAGCUCACCUGUCAAUGCAUUCGAUGCUUAUGAUGUGAAUGGGUAUCGCUUCCAUACCCAUCAGUACACACAACGCCGGGCCAACCGGAAGAAAAUAAAUAGUGGGGUUGUGUGUGAAGGCUCAGAUAAGCUCCAGUACUAUGGUAGAGUCGAGGGGAUAUACGAGCUGCCUUAUGGUUUCGGCAAAGGCCUAGAUCCCGUUGUAUUCAAGUGUCACUGGUUUGACCCGCAUCGGGUGAGACGGAAACCUGAAAUUGGCUUGGUCGAAGUUGAGCGAAGCUCCGUUUACACGGGAGAUGAUGUAUAUAUUUUAGCUACCCAGGCCUUUCAAGUAUUCUACCUCCCGUACCCGUGCAAGAACCCGAAGAAACGUCUGCAGGGCUGGGAUGUCGUGAUCACGGUGCCGACACACAACAGGCCGCCUAAGCCAGACAAUGAAGAUUACCGUCGCCUUGACCCCUCGACAUAUGAAGGCGAGUUUUUCCAAGAAGAAGGCCUCCCAGGGCAUUUCACUAUCAACUUGCCGACUGAUGAUGACAUGGUCAUAGAGGAGGAGGAUAAUUUAGUCGAGGAUGUUGAGGAGGAAGAGGAUGUAGUCGAGGAGGUUCAGAGCGCACAAGACUUGACUUUGCUUGCCAGGUUCCAACAAGGCCUAGACACCGCUGAGUCAACGGAGCCGCCUCCAGGUUACAUCCCUGAUUAUUGGGGGGAGCGUGAUAGCGAUGACGAAGCUUGUGGCCCAUUGGUUGUUCGCGAUGAUCAAGAAACGGGCUUCUGAAAUUCAUAGUCUUCCUCUAUGUAAUAGUGAUUUGUAAAAGUAGCCUAUUCUAAGAACUCUAUGUAUUUUAAUUAUUGCCAUUGUAAGAACUCUAUGUAUUUUAAUUUAUUUGCUUUGCUAAUUUCUUCUUUCAUCUACAUCAUUUUGUAUCAU